UUAAAGGUAGUUGCUUUCAAAGUGAAGAGAAGAAGAAGAAGAGAAGUUGCUUAACCUAAAACCCAUGUGAAAAACUAGAAAAGCCCAAAAAUUUGAACCUGCUGAGCCCGGGGAAUUUUUUUCGCAAAGAUGACCAAACUACGUAAACAAAGGCGAAGGAAAGUGUUUAGACACAAUGUGAAUAGAAAAAGAAUGAGAAAUAAAAUAUUUGGGGUAGGAAAUAUUGGGUGUAAGGAAGUUAAAAAUGCGUGGGAGAAUAAAAAAUCUAUUGAAACAAAUCUGAUAGAAAUGGGUUUGUCAUAUGACCCUAAUAAAACUAUCAAAAUCCCAAAGUCAAAAACUGAAUUGAAAGCCUUCUUGAAGUCUAACAAAGGAGAGUGGAAUGAAACACAGAUAGAAGAAAUGGACAUGCCUACAAGACCAGAUAAAAAACAAGUAGUUACAAUUCUAGAAGAAGAGGCUAAAGCUCCAAGACAAAGAAAAAUAAGGCUUCCUAAUAGCAUAGUUGAGUGGGUAACUUAUUUAAUGAAUAAGUAUGGGAAUGAUUUCAAAGCUAUGGAGCGAGACAAAAAAAAUUAUAAUCAAGAAACAUGGAAGCAGAUAAGGCAAAAAAUUAGAAGGUUUUUGAGCAUUCCAGAACAGUGUAAUAAAUAUAAGGAAGACAUUAAUUUCAGUGUUUUUGAUUUUAGUGAGCAUAUAUCUGAUGAUGAAUUAUAA